GAAAUCCGCAGCCCCAUGUUGAAGACCUCCACGCUAGAUGACGCCGUGGUACUGACUGAGACGAUGCUGCGGCACUUGGGCCGCGGGCCCCGGUUCUCCCUCAGCCUGCGCCGGGCGGCUUCUUCCAUCCGGAGCGCAGCGGAGAACGGGCCGAAGGCCUUCACAACGGGAGUCCCGCGCAGGAACCAGCUCAGGAAAAGCCUUGUAAGGGCAAAUUUUGUAACCAUGGCAACGGGAGGCAGUGAGGAACCGCCAUCUGCAUUGGGCCAAAAGGGGCACAUCAACCGGUUGAUCCAUGAGAAGUCCCCUUACUUGUUGCAACAUGCACAUAACCCCGUGGACUGGUAUCCAUGGGGACUGGAAGCUUUUGCCAAAGCAAAGGCAGAAGACAAACCAAUCUUUCUAUCAGUUGGGUAUUCCACAUGCCAUUGGUGCCAUGUUAUGGAACGUGAAUCAUUUGAAAAUGAAGAGAUUGGUCAAAUAUUGAACGAGAAUUUUGUUUGCAUCAAAGUUGACCGGGAAGAGCGGCCAGAUGUUGAUAAAGUUUACAUGAUGUUUGUGCAGGCGACAAGUGGAGGUGGAGGUUGGCCAAUGAGUGUGUGGUUGACUCCUGAUCUCAAGCCAUUUGUCGGAGGGACAUACUUUGCCCCUGAGGAUGGUUUACUCCGUCCAGGUUUUAAGACAGUGCUGAGGAACUUAGCUGAGCAGUGGAAGAGGAACCGGAGUGAAGUUAUUGAGCGUGGCAACAAGAUCCUGGAGGCACUCCAGAAGAGUGUCGUGAUGAGUUCUGAUAAGGAGGGAAUGCCACCACCUUGUCCCCAGGUGAUGGAGAAGUGCUUUCAACAAUUGGCUGGAUCUUAUGACAAUGAAUAUGGAGGAUUCAGAGAGUCACCUAAAUUCCCUUCACCAGUAAACUUCAAUUUCCUGUUCCGUUUUUGGGCUUUAAACAAGACCAGUGUGAAUGGAGCCCGGGCCCUGGAGAUGGCUCUGCACACACUGAAAAUGAUGGCUCUUGGAGGAAUCCAUGAUCAUAUCGGGCAGGGCUUCCAUCGCUAUUCCACAGACCAACACUGGCAUGUACCCCACUUUGAGAAGAUGUUGUAUGACCAGGGGCAGCUGGCAGUUUCCUACACAGAGGCUUAUCAGAUUUCUGGUGACACAUUCUUUGCAGAUGUUGCUCGAGAUAUUCUGCACUAUGUCUCACGAGAUCUGAGUGAUAAGUCAGGGGGCUUCUAUAGUGCUGAAGAUGCAGAUUCAUAUGCUUCAGCCAACUCGACUGAGAAAAAAGAAGGAGCAUUUUGUGUGUGGACUGAGCAAGAAAUCAGAGAGCUUCUCCCAGAUCCAGUCUCAGAGGCCACACAAAGCAUAACCAUGGCAGAUGUCUUUGCCUAUCAUUAUGGUGUGAAAACAAAUGGGAAUGUUGAACCAGCACAGGAUCUUCAUGGAGAACUGAAAAAUAAGAAUGUCCUCAUAGUCCGUUACUCACUAGAGCUGACAGCUGCUAAGUUUGGCUUGGAGAUGGAGAAGGUCAAAGACAUUCUGAGUACAUGCAGAACCAGGCUGUGUGAAGUCAGGAAACAGAGGCCGCGACCUCACCUCGAUAGCAAAAUGGUGGCAUCAUGGAAUGGUCUCAUGAUCUCUGGAUUUGCUCGUGCUGGUGCAGUUCUGGGGGAGGAAGCUUACAUUCGACGUGCAGCACAGGCUGCUGCCUUCCUGCAGGAACACAUGUUGGAUCAGAACAGUGGACGGCUCCUACGCAGCUGUUACCGUGGAACUGUCAGUGUUGUGGAGCAAGGAGCCAAUCCCAUCAGUGGGUUUCUGGAUGACUACGCGUUUGUUAUUCGCGGCCUGAUAGACCUGUAUGAGGUUUCCUUUGAGCAGCAGUGGCUAGAGUGGGCCCUGAGGCUUCAGCAGAAGCAGGAUGAACUGUUCUGGGAUGCCAAGGAAUUUGGUUACUUCACGGAUGAUGCCCAUGAUACAUCGGUGCUAAUUCGCCUUAAGGAAGAACAAGAUGGUGCUGAACCCAGUGGCAAUGCUGUGGCUGCUUCCAACCUUAUGCGGCUGGCAAACUUCACCAACAGACCAGACUGGAUAGUCAGAUCGAGGCAAACUGUGACAGCAUUUGACAAGCUGCUGAAUGCUGUUCCUAUGGCUCUACCAGAAAUGGUUAUUGGCUUAAUGGUGCAACAUCAUCCAGUCAAGCAGGUCAUGAUCCGUGGUGAGCUUGAAACACCUGAGACACAAGAACUGAUACAGUGCAUCAAUGCACACUUUGUGCCCAACAAGAUAUUACUUCUGGCAGAUGGGAACUCUGAGAGCUUCUUGUAUCAGACCCUGCCGUUCCUGUCUACCUUAGAAUUGAAAGAUGGCAAGGCUACAGUCUACAUUUGCCAGAACUUCAGCUGUUCGCUUCCAGUUACCUCAGCUGCCGAGCUCAAAGCAUUACUUAUUAAAUGAUGUGACAGUAACUCAGCACAAAGACACGGAGCAACAACAGACAAAUUGCUUACUAUAAAUGCCUGUGAAUAUUGUUGAUUUUCAAUACUUUAUUUAAUCUCAGGAGAAAAAUUUUGUGCAGGUCGAAAUGAUCUUCAGCUUAGUGUGAUGGCACAAAACGGGUAAUCAUUUUAUUUCCAAUAGUAGUUAUCAUUUCAGAAUCAAAAUUAAAAUCAGAAUUCAGUGUAAUAUUACUGAUAUUUUGUGAAAUUUGUUGUAUGCAGCAGCAAUAUAUUGGAAUACAUAAUAAUAAAAACUGAAUUUCAGUAAGCAGUGUAUAUAUAUAAAUAUAUAUCAUUAAAAGUAAAUUAAGUGCAAAAUAAGUAGUGAGCUAGUGUUCAUGGGUUCAAUGUCCAUUCAGAAAUUGGAUGGCAGAGGGGAAGAAGCUGUUUGUUCCUGAAUCAUUGAGUAUGUGCCUUCAGGUUCCUGUACCUCCUCCCUGAGGUUUAAUGAGGGCAUAUCCUGGGUCAUAGUGGUCCUUAAUGAAUGAUGCUGCCUUUCUGAGGCAUCGUUUCCUUCACGAUGUCCUGGAUGCUAGAGAAGCUAGUGCUUAUGCUGGAACUGACUGAAUUUACAACUUUCUGACCCUUAUAAUAUGUAGUAGUUCUGAUAGUUGAGCUAUUUGGCUGAGUUCAUCUUUAGAAUGAUGUAAUCAAACAUAAUCUGGUUUCCUUGUAUUUGAGGGAGCACUGGAGUCACCAUUUUAUGCAUGACCUGUUAAAUGGGGUCACUGCCUUCCCUCUGAAUAAGAUUAAAUAAUCCCAUGGUAUUAUUUCAAUGAUGAGUAUAGCAGAUCACUCUGGCUUCCUGCCCAAAUCCAUCAUCCAGUAUUAAGUAUAAUUGCUGUUGAGGGAUCUUGCCAUGUAUGACUUGAGUCCUUACACCAGUGACCGCAGACCAAAUCUACAUCGGUGGAUUUAAAGGACUUUGAGAUUUUAUGAGGCAUUAUGCUUUACCAUCUUGGAAAGUAGAUAGUCUAUUGAGCUGUCGGCACACUUCCCACUCUUUCAUCAUGGUUCUCCCAGUUGACUCCCCUUUCACCUUAAUGGCACACUUUCCACCAGAACUCCCUGAGGCCCUUCCAUCCAUGAAGCAAGCUGUAAUCUCUGCGUCACCUGAAAAAAAAAGACAUGUCAUUUCCCCAAACCAAUUCCCUUUUAUUUUACUCAGUGCCAUAGCUAGUCUAUAACUUGGUUUGCUGGUAUGUGAUUCUUCUUCCAUUUGCACUGUGCUCCAAUCCCUGAAUCAUUAUUCACCUUAAUGAGCACUGAAGAUAAUGAUGUUAUGUAUUACCAUGCAUGAACCAGAGCACAUUCCUACUGAUGGAUUGGCCAUGAUUCAUCCUGUGGAUAUAAUUUGGACUUCAAAUGCAAGUGCCUCAUUAGUGGAGAAUGACUUUUUAAAUUGUAGGGUCAACAUCGUAUAUCCCUUAUGAUUUCUGAAACUGAAACAAACUUGGGUUGGUGAUAUAACAAAUAACAAUGUUUUCCAAAAGAACAAUUACCUAAAGAUGAGAUGCAAAUAAAU